UUAAAAUGAAGAGGGAAGGGGAAAAUUCAAAGAUGGAUGAAUAUCGGCAAAGCACAACAUAACAUUGGUGUCACUUGCAUUAUAUCAUUCAAAUCUGUAAAUUAUCUCAUGUAGCCAAGAAAGCGAAAUGACGCUGACGGCGUUAGAGAAGAGAAAUAUGAUGGAAUGGGUUAAAAUUCUCAGGAAACUAGUUGAAAGAAAGAAAAGUAAGAAGAACCCAGAAGAAACCAAAUGGGAAGAAUCUGAAAAAUUUGAUCAAUAUUACAAGCAGUGGAAAGGUCUUAAUGAUAACUUCAUCAAUGUACCCACACUUUAUGUAAAGCUUCCUUCUGAAGAAGAACCUUUACUUUUGAAGCUAAGAGAGGAAUCUAGAGCUGUUUUUCUUCAAAGAAGAAGCAGAGAACUGUUAGAUAAUGAUGAAUUGCAGCGUCUGUGGUUCCUGUUGGACCAGCAUCAUACACCUCCGAUUGUAGGAGAGGAUCAGAUGAUCAACUAUGAGGACUUUCUCAAAGUGGGAGCAGAGGCUGGAGCCAAAUGCCAGCAAUUUUUCAAAGCAGCAGUUUUCUGCAAGCUUCUACAGGCUGAUCCCUAUGGAAGAAUAUCAAUCAUGCAGUUCUUUAACUAUGUCAUGAGGAAAGUGUGGCUGCACCAGACGAGGAUUGGGCUGUCACUUUAUGAUGUGACUGGUCAAGGUUACCUCAAAGAAUCUGACCUUGAAAACUACAUUUUGGAGUUGAUACCCACUUUACCACAGCUCAAUGGCCUUGAGAAGUCAUUUUAUUCCUUUUAUGUGUGCACAGCUGUAAGGAAAUUUUUCUUCUUCUUGGAUCCUAUGAGAACGGGAAGAAUAAAAAUACAGGAUAUACUGGCUUGCAGCUUCCUGGAUGACCUUUUGGAGUUAAGAGACGAAGAACUGUCAAAAGAAAUGCAGGAGUCCAACUGGUUUUCUGCACCCUCUGCUCUCCGUGUUUAUGGACAGUACCUCAAUCUGGAUAAAGACCACAAUGGAAUGCUGAGCAAAGAAGAACUUGCCAGGUAUGGCACAGGCACACUUACUGAUGUGUUCCUAGAUCGGGUAUUUCAAGAAUGCUUGACAUAUGAAGGAGAAAUGGACUAUAAGACCUACCUAGACUUUGUUUUGGCAUUGGAAAACCGACGAGAACCACAAGCUUUACGCUACCUAUUCAGAAUCCUUGAUGUUCAACAUAGAGGUUCACUGAAUGUAUUUUCUCUCAAUUACUUCUUCAGGGCAAUUCAAGAACAAAUGAAGCUUCAUGGCCAGGAACCUGUGUCAUUCCAUGAUGUCAAGGAUGAAAUCUUUGAUAUGGUCAAACCGAAGGAUGAUCUUAAAAUCACAUUACAAGAUCUGAUAAAAAGUGGGAAAGGUGAUACAGUGGCCAGCAUCCUCAUAGAUCUCAAUGACUUCUGGACCUAUGAAAAUCGGGAGUACCUUGUGCCAGACACAUCAGAGGAGUCUGAAAUAUGACCCUGAUCCAAGACUUAGGGACCAUGUGCAAAUCAAGUCACUACACAUUACACCACACCUAUCCACAAAGGAUGCACAAGUGUUACUGCCGGGAAACAGGCAUUGCUGGAGAUUUUGGUACAACACUGCCUGGAAAUGUUACAGGUUUAACUGCCAGGAACUCGAUGUCUGUUCUAUCCGUUUGUCAAAUUAUUGUAAGAUGCAUAAUGUCUGUUGGCUGUCUAGAAGAGGAGGUUGACGUGACUCUAUAUAGGAGUCUUGUGCAUUUCAUUGUAUUGCAAUACAAAGGGAUUUGGGGUUAAAACUACUUUUGUUGAUUAAAUUUGGGGUUGUAUUGCCUUAUUUAAAAUGAAUGUUGACAUUUGAUACAUGUGAUAUGGUAUGCAGAUGUAUGAGAGUUUCAGACUUACUAUGGUAAGUCAUAAAUCGUCAGUGUAUCAGCUGUAAUGUAUGCAUUUAUGUGUUAACAUUCAAAUAGCUAUUGUUUAAAAGUCUGUUUUUCCACAGUAGAUGGUGGACAAAACUUUAUAAAUACAUAUGAAAUAGCACAAAUAUAACAAUAAAAAAGUGUGAAAAAAAAGCAAAAGGGGAAAAAAUGCCAAAAGAAGAGUUUUGAGUAGAAUAGAGGAUGUAAUCCAGUAAUGCUUGGGUUCUAACAGUACAAAUUAGUUCUUAGGAAUUAUCGCAUGUUUCUAUGAUUCUAUGAUAGAAACAUCUACAAGCACUUUCAGUUCUAAACAGUUGUAAUGCAUACUAGUAGCUACAGUAUAAUGUUAGCAGUGUAAUGUUUUAUGGUGUUAUAACCAUGUACAAACAUAUACCAACCCUAGUAGAACCAGACAGUGCUAAAAUGGUCAAGAUCUCCCUUUUCUGUAUUUAAACUUAUUUGUGUAAAAUAUCAAUCACCAGAUCAAAAUCUAUAGUUUACGGUGUAAUUUUGAAUAGAAAAAAGUGUUGUAGAAUGAAGUCGAGAGGAUUUUACCAUUAAAGAAUGCUUAAUAGCCAAGAUGAAGUUUUAAAGCCUUGCACUUGUAUAAAGGAAUGAAGUUUUGGGCAAUAUGUAACCUAUGUGGUCUUUUUUGGCUCAUAAAAAGUACAACUACAUAUUGAAUAACUAAUGCAACAUUAGUGUCUCCUAUUUGAAGAAUUAUUUUUAUGAGCAAAACACUCCAGACAGGUAUACCGGUAAACAUAUUUGAGCCACCAUUUCCAGUUGACAUUAUUUCGAUGAAAAAAAUUGUCUUUUCUUUCUAUGAAUUCAGAAGCAGGUUUAUACAUUGUAGUAGUUUUUGGAUGUUUAUUUGUAAGACCAUCUGUUGUUACCUUGAGUAUGCUAGAUAGACAAGUGGUGAUGAGCUAUCCGAUUUUGUACGUCUGUCUUGGGGAGAAAAAGAUACAGAAAACUGGCAGCAUCAUAGACCAGUGCAAUGGCUGUUGUCAAUUGUGUUUUAUGUAUGCCAAAACUUUAUCUCAAUCAAAAUCAAAAUUUUAUAAUCGUCAUGUAUCAUUCCCAUUAUGAUAAUGAGAUAGUCUAAUAUGUGUAUUUAAUUGUCAUACUGUUAAUUACUUAGAUUUUGUGCGAUUCAUUUUUCUGUACGCAGUCGCCAAGACAUUAGUUGCGGUAAACUGACACUGUCUAAUAUUAGGUACACAUAAUUUGUAAUGUGAUUUUUGAAAUCAAAAUCGAUGCUUAAAGUAAAUUUAGGACAAUACAAAUAUGACACAAAAUCUAAGUUAUCUAUGGUACUUGAUAAGGCCUCAUUGAUUUUGUAUAGUAGUAUUUUUGUGGUAUAAUCGAUGUGGCAAUAGUCAUGCUGAAGAUGGGUCCAUCAAUUGUAGUGUGUAGCAUAAAGUGAUAGUGAGUCAAGUGUUGUUUUGUGGAUCGGGACAACAUAGGUAGGGGAGAGUUAUAUAGACAGACAUUUUAUUGAAUUCAUCGUGUACAAGUUUAUCUACUGUAAUGGUGCAAUUUGCAAAAAUUCAGGUUUGUUUUUCACAAAAGAAUUAGUCAAACAUGAAGUCAGUGGCAUCCCUAUUGUUUCGUUGGAUUCACCUUUGCGAAGUGUAUUUUUGUUAGAUUUAUUUGUGUAUUAUGUGUACAGAGGAAAUCCAUUGAUAUAAAGGUCUAGAUUGAUUGUCAUUAGGGAAUAGCCUCAUAUACAUCAUCUGGAUUGGGCAUUCAAGACCAACAACGUAGUAUGUACAGGUAGAUGUAUCAUCUGUAUUGGGCAUUCAAGACCAACAACGUAGUAUAUACAGGUAGAUGUUUGCUUGUACAAUGGUAUUGAAAUGUUUGCAACAUUUUUCCAUUGGUUCAGUAUUAUAUUUUUUAUCGGGGGUGGUUUUUUUGUGUGAAAAGGAUGUCAUAUAUUCAUGCACCAAAAGAGUGAUUCUGCACAAAUAUUUAACCGAACAGGUAAUAUUCAAUUUGCUGUUUCAUGUUUUGUUUUGCCAUAGAUGCUGAUUUUGCCAACAUUAUACAUCACAAGGGUUCUUUUUUUAUGGUACUGUUACAGAUUUGGAGCAGAUUUUGUUGGGAUAUUUUACCUUUAUACUGUCUUGGGAAACCAUGUACUUUUCUUUGAGAAUUACUUGUGCAUCAUUUAAUGUAAAUCGUCUAUGCAAUCCACACAGUAGAUAUGCAGGGUGUCGAUACUCUCUUAAUACAGGGGUAUACAUUUUACUUUAUUUGAUUACCAUACUUUAUGCUUUUACUCAAUUGUCGUUUCAUUGGUAUCAAAACAUUUUCAUGGCAUAACUAUUGUAUUGUAAGAUUUAGGGUACAGUGAGAAAGCCAGUAGUUCUAUAUUUGGACAUCACUAUCAACAUAUAAUCUUGUUGUUACCUGGUACAUGGUAAGUACGAAGACAUUCAUAUUUAAAUUUCCCUCUAUCUGUACAAAGAAUAGUUCCAAUAGUAUUACCAGUGGAAAGUACCAUUUUGUACAUAUGAUGUAUAAGUAAUGAUAUAAAAACAUCUUGUAACUACACUUAGGAGUGUGGUAACAAAAACAAAAUGGUAUGAUGUUAAUGGUCACUUGUUAAGUAAGUGUGGAGACUAACACAUAAAUAUUUACUAACACUAACUUGAUCCGUCCAUGUUCCCCACACCAAAGGAUAACAUUGAAUCUGUCUCCACGAAUAUUUACUGUCAACAUCUGUGAUUGCAAGUAGGUAUUAAUUUACUGUUGAGAACUUUUCCUUGACACAUGUAUGAAAUGGAUUCUGAAAAUUCUUGAUUGGAGACUGAUCCCCCUCCUUUUAUGAUGACUAUUUUUGUUGUAGUGUACUAUUCCAUACAUUCUUGCAUUUACAAAUAGGGAUUCAUUAUGCUCAAUUUGUCUCAUCUUACAAAUCCAGUUGUCUGGAAAAGGAUUUAUAAGCAGACUGUUUCUUAAACAGUACUAACAUCAGAAUGAAAAUGUACUUCUUUGAACGUUUUAUCCAAUAUUGGCACUAAUUAUGUGGAUACAUGUCAUUCCUAUAGACAAAAGCUGAUUGUGAUAUUUGUACGUCGGCCAAAUAUCCCUGUACACCAAAUUAGAAAAUCCUUGAAAGUCUGUGAUAACUAUGUAUUCACCCUGUGACUGUCAAACAGCUGUCAUUGUAAAAAUAGCUUGUGGGAGUUCAAACAUUAUUGUGGUAGUUGUAUCUAUCAAAUAUAUUUCAUGCUCAAAAUGGUACUUGGUAAAAUUUGUAGUUUUCUGCUUCAGUAGAAAUUGAAAAAAAACAUGUCCAUUUUUCUACACUUUUUGUUUCUGUUGUUUUAAGUGAAUAUGUAUCAAAACCAUAAUGUCAAAUGGAUUUUGCCUAGGUAGUCAUAGGUAUUGUAGUGUACAUGUAGUGGUCAAGUCUGUCCUCCCUGACACAGGAGUCCUGGUUAUGUACAGAGUAUAUAAAGCCUAUUGCUUCCCAAUCUAUAUCCCAGUCUCUGGUGAUACUAGACCUACAGGAUAUAUACACUGUAUAGGAUGUAGGCUACUACCUACAAACGUCCUUAAAUGACCUUAGCUGUUAAUAGGAUGUUAAACAAGAUAAAACCAAACUACUACCUACAGCAUAUAUACACUGUAUAGUGUGUAGUCUACUGCCUACAAGAUAUAUACACUGCAAAGUGUGUAGUCUACUGCCUACAAGAUAUAUACACUGUAUAGUGUGUAGUCUACAGCCUACAAUGAUAGAUACACAGGAUAUACACACUGUAUAGUGUGUAGUCUGCUACCUACAUGAUAUAUACACUGUAUAGUGGGUAGUCUGCUACCUACAAGAUAUAUACACUGCAAAGUGUGUAGUCUACUGCCUACAUGAUAUAUACACUGUAUAGUGUGUAGUCUGCUACCUACAUGAUAUACACACUGUAUAGUGUGUAGUCUAUUGCCUACAAGAUAUAUACACUGUAUAGUGUGUAGUCUGCUACCUACAUGAUAUAUAUACACUGUAUAAUGUGUAGUCUACUACCUACAGGAUAUAUACACUGUAUAGUGUGUAGUCUACUACCAACAUGAUAUAUAUACACUGUAUAAUGUGUAGUCUACUUCAUUACGAGGUCUAUUAUUAAGCAAUUUUCAUCAAAAGUUAGAAAUAAUGCCAAAGGCUACCGAUCACAAAUCCUUCAUUGACAUGUCAGAAUAUUAUCGUGUAAAAAGAUGUUUGAUGACGAAUUCUGUACAACCAUGUGAUUGUGUGUAAAUAAAGAGAAAACAAACAGAG